AUGAGUUACACGCGCGAGCAGGCCGUGGCCAAGCCGCCAGCAAGGCCCGUGAAGCCCAAGAUCCGGCCGACGGCGAUGACACCCCAAGGCCACUUCGACCCAGACGAGCUAUCGCGGCGGCUAUAUCUCGUCAUGGCCGACCAGAGAGCGCAUUCGGAGAGAAAGCGACGAGCGAGGGCGGAGGCGGCGAAAUCAAAGGAGGCGGAGGCGGAGGCGGAGGCCUCGACCUCGGCCAGCGCACCGCCCAGAGAUGGAGAGACCGCCCCGGCAGCGGGGCAAUCCAAAGAUCCAUCAGCGGCACCCCACAGAUCCAGGUCGGCGGAUAUAUCGACUGACCUAAUCUCGGAGCUGCGGAAGCAAAAAUCCACCCAUUCGAACACACAACGAAAGCCGUCCAAGCUAGCCAUGGCCCCUCCGGCUUCGACGACCUCGAGCGAGCCUUCGCAGUACCACCACGUCCCUCGGGAAGCCGCAAAGCAAUUCGCGCGAACGACCACGGUUGGGGGGAUGCGAGAAUCCGGCUUGAUCCACAAGCUUUCGGAGACAGCACUCAAGUUCCACCUUGGCGGCUUGCACUCGAACCGGAACGUAGAGGGCGAUGCGAGCCUCGGACCUUUCCAACUGACGAGGUCUUUGCAGCGGGGUCAGAGCCAGAGGGAAAGAAUUUACGACCGUAACCAGUUCCAGCGCACUCGGAUCCUGGAGACGGCGGCGGAGAUGGACGAGGAGCGGGAGCGAGACACGGAACUCCAGCAACGGCAUACUUUCCAGGGGGAGCUGGCCCGGACCAAGCCUCCCGAGCAGAACCAGCAGCCUAAUCCAAGGAGGAAUAGCACCGGGGAUGUGCUUGGGAAGCUGGAGGACAGGGGUGGCUCCUCUGCCCCGAUGGAGCCGGUGGCAGACAUCAUGGACGAUACAAUACCGCAAGAGGAGCCAGAACAAACCCCCCUGGCACUCAAACCCCGGGUUGACUGGACCCAGAGCGACGAAGUUGCGCAGCGGCAUAAAGGGCUCCGGUCACCGCUGUUGCGGAAGGCAGAUUCCAUUUGGACAUUAAAGGGGAGGCUCGGGAGUAGGGGAUCGUCACAGGAGAAAGCCGACCCCCCACAUAUACCAGAGGCACCAAAGUCCCCCAAACCAGGCUUCUUUGCUAAGUUUAAGCGUUAG